CCCCCCUCCGCUCCCACCCCCCGUCUUAUGUCGGCCGACUCAUGAACACUAGCAUCGAGGAGAUCCAGCCCGAGUUGUACGUGGCCGUGCCCAUCACACGGCGCGGUGUCCGACGAUCGUGCCUGGAGCUGACACGCGCACGCGCGCGCGUCCUUAGGAAUUUAGCUUACAAUUUGAACGCCGCCGCAUUCGGUCCGCGAGUUGUCCUGCUGUUCGCCCCGCCGAGCCUACGUGACUGACCGACCGCGGCGUUUUCGCGCUUUCCCCUGCAGCGAUCCUCUUCUACGACUACUUCCUCACGCUCGGAUGGGAGAUCUCGCGGUACUGGGGCACGACGGUGACGUGGCCGACGGCGCUCUUCUUCGCGAAUCGCUACGGGACGCUGCUGGGCAACGUCCCCGUCGUGAUACAGUACUUCUGGAGCACCCCGGGGUCGCCCGCGAAGGAUGUGGUGAGUCCCGUGGGUCGUUGUGCGGGGGCCUGAGCUGAGCGGAGGCGGGUGGUGUCGUGCGUUGCAGAUAUGUCGCGGGAUCGAGUCGUACCACCAGUUCUUCUUCAUCAUCACGCAAGUCAUGACCGCAGUGAUGCUCAUCCUGCGGACGUAUGCGCUCUAUGAGAGGAACAAGCGCGUGCUCAUCUUCAUGAUGAUGGUCACUGCGGGCGCGAUUGUCGUGGGCAUGUGGGCCGUGAUCGCCGGAAAAGCAGGCCGAACAGAGGAGAACCUCCAGUUGUAUUUCGGCUGCAAUUACGGGCUGACCAAAUCAGAUGCGACGAGUCAGGCGGCAUCGUGGGCAGCGGUGGCGCUCUUCGAUUGCAUGAUCUUCACGCUGACGCUGUACCGGGUGCUUUCCCGGCGGACGACCACGACGGAUCUGUUUUCCGUUUUACUCAGGGACGGGUCGAUCUACUUUGGAGUGAUUGUGAUUUCGAACGUUUCUAAUAUCUUGACGUUCACUCUUGGAACUCCGUAUACGCGAGGAAUCGCGACAACAUUUACGAACAUCCUAUCUUCCGUUCUCAUAUCCCGUCUGAUGCUCAAUUUGCGAGACCCGAAGCUGUCUUAUAUGUCGGGCCGAUUCGAGCAGAGCACAACGCUGACGUAUGGCGGCCCCAUCAGAUUUGCGGACUCGACAUCGCCGUCGGGCGCUCAGCCCUUGGAUACCGAGUUUGCGAUGGGUGCGACGAUGUUUCAGACAAGGCUGCUGGGCGCGUUGCUGACCGGAUGGACAGAUAUCGAAAUGCUAAACACCACGUCAAACGCGGGGACCAGCAACCAAACGCCGGGUAUGGCGUGAAAAAAGCUUGUCUGUCAGGAAAUCUCAUGUAGCCAUGUCCAGUAGUACCCAAUGUAUCCAAUCCAAACCGAAUCGUUAAUGCGUCGUGAUCCUCAUAUCUGGAAGCUAUAUAUUGAUAUAUAUCCAAAGAAAGAAAAAAUCUGAACCUCGAGUCCGAAUCACCGCUUUUGUUCCGCACAACGAACGGAGACCCCCGCACAGCGCAGUACCGCCUUCGAGUCCGCGUCCGGGACCCAGUUCCCGAUCUGGUCGACAUGGACACCGUACACCAACGUCCCGAGCAGAAGCGCGCCGAGGGAUGCGUAUAUUCGACAGUCGCUGGUGCCCGCUGUCCACGGGACGAAGGCGGCG